CUCAUUGGUCUGUCUCAGCCAGUCGCGCGGGGCUGCUGCAUCCCCCUUCCGUUUCCAUACCUUAUCCCUUCUCUCUCUCUAUCCCCACACACAACAUUUCCAAUGAAUGAGUUGAGUGCCCUCUCUGUAUGUAGUAUCUUCACCACCUUAUUAAUUACUCAUAUAUAUAUAUAUACUCUUAACAUACAUACUCCAAAUACACACAACAAAAUCAUAAACAACACUGCAGGCACCUUUAGAUUUUUAUUUUCUUCACUGUUCACACACGAUUUCCUCCUUUCACAUUAUCCUUUACCUUUUUUUAAACAAGCCAGCCCAGCUUGCUUCUGUUCCUUCUCUUCUAACCAGUAUCACCUACACGGUGUGUGUGUCCCUUCAUCCUGGAAAUUAGAGCCACAAACAUAACACAUUCCGCUUUGACUUUGGAGGCAGGUUUUUGUGCUUUGUCUGGUUCCCAAUCACCGUGAUAUCAUGGAAUCCCCACAAUCUGUUGUGUCACCAUUCAAGAGGUCUGUCUUGGGUGAUGCAGAGAAGUAUAGGUCUGAUGUUCUGUCUAAGGACAUUGAAGUCAAUGGAAAGGAAGGUGCCGUGUGUAAUGUGGAGGAAUUCAUUGGUGUUGUUGAUGUUUACAUUCAUCAGGCCAGGGACAUUCAUAACAUCUGCAUAUACCACAAGCAAGAUGUUUAUGCUAAGAUUUGUUUGACUAGUAAUCCUGAGAAUACUGUCUCUACCAAGACCAUCAAUGGAGGAGGAAGGAACCCCGUGUUUAAUGAGAAUCUUAGUCUAAGCGUUAGGACUGUUGAUUCUGUAGUCAAAUGUGAAAUUUGGAUGCUGAGCAGGGUGAAGAAUUAUCUUGAAGAUCAGUUGCUUGGUUUUGCUUUGGUGCCUUUGUCUGAAGUACUGGUGAAGAAGGAUGGCAAACUAGAGAAAGAGUUCUCUCUUUCUUCAACUGAUCUAUUCCAUUCUCCAGCCGGUUAUGUUCAAUUGUCUCUUGCUUACACUGGUGCUUCGCCUGAUGUUAUGGCAAUUUCUUCAAUGCCUACCACCGAGAAGGACUCCGAAUCAUGCGAGUCACUGGUCAGAGAUUUGGACAAAAUCGAAUUCCCGGAUCCAAAAAUUGUAAAUGAAGACCACUUGAUGGUUUCGGAAUACUUCGGCAUUCCAUGUGAGGAGAGCCAGUGUUCUGAUAGCUUGACCACUACUGAUACUGAAAAUCUUAGUUCUGAAGCAGGUGUUCAGCUUGUGGAGAGCUUCUCAGCAUGCAGUGUUAGCAGUGUGUCAACAAAUGGGGUUUCAUCUCCUUCAGUGGCUGCAAGCUCAGACUCGUCUCCCAAUGAGGAAACCAAAGAGAAAAAUGUGGAUGUCAAAGAUGGUGAGACUGAUUCCUCGUUCCCUAAACCUCUUGUGACUGUUAACAUCGAGCCGGAGCCGAAUGUGGUGCAGCAGGAUUUUGUAGACAUGUACAUGAAAAGCAUGCAGCAAUUCACCGAGUCAUUGGCAAAAAUGAAGCUUCCUGUGGACUUUGAAAGUGGACCAACUAGUUCAGGAAACUCUAGCUCUGAACACAAGCUACAGACACCAAAGAGCACUAACUCCCGUGUGUUUUAUGGCAGCAGGGCUUUCUUCUGAACUUUUUGAUCAAGGGAAUACUUUCAGGUGACUUAGAUUUUAGAAUAAAAAAAAAAAAACAAAAAAUUGAUAUCAGUAUGAAAUGAAAUAAUGCACUGUCCAGUGGGAUUCUCAGCUUCUGUACUUGUUGAUCUGUUAUGGGUAACAGGGAAUCUUAACUUUGUACUCUCACAGGCUUGGUCCUAUCUUAACUGCUACAUGAACUUUUUUCUGUCUUAAUCUUAUUAUUUUCUGGUGUUUCUUUU